CCUCGACAAGAUCCAGCACACACAACAUGACCACACUCCAACACCUCUCCCAACGGGACGACAAGAAGGACCAAGAGGUCGAGAUGAUCGAGGACAAGUCGGGUCCCGAUCUCACCUCCCUCGACGCGCGGGACUCUACUCCCGUCGUCGAGACCUGUUUCGAAGGAUAUACUCUGGAGGAGACUCAAGCCAUGUCCAAGAAGCUGGUCAGGUUGAUCGACUUUCGGGUCUUGCCCAUCUUGAUCCUGCUAUUUUUGCUCAACAUCCUCGACCGUAACAACAUCGCCAACGCCAAAGUCGCCGGGAUGGCCACCGACCUCAAAUUCGGUAACCUAGAUUACAACAACGCCGUCCUCUUCCUCUUUAUCGGAUACGUAGGGAUGCAGAUUCCCGCAGGGUUCAUCUUGGCCAAGAUCCCCCCUACCUUUUUCCUCACGGGGGCCGUAUGCGUCUGGGGGGUUGUCUCGAUGUGUUGUGGGUUCAUCCAUACGAUCCCGCAGAUGUUGGCGCUGCGGUUCUUGGUUGGAGUCGCCGAGGCGCCAUUCUUCCCCGGCGCUCUCUUAAUCCUAUCCUCAUUCUACACCAGAAAAGAGCUCGCCGUCAGGAUCGCCAUCGUGUAUUCCGGCGACUCGCUCUCCAACUGUUUCGGCGGUCUGCUCGCUGCGGCGAUCAUCUCCGGCUUACAAGGCAAGGGGGGGUUGGCAGGGUGGCGAUGGUUGUUCAUCCUGGAAGGGGCUGUCACUGUGUUCGUCGGAGCGAGCAUCUACUUCGUCUUGCCUUCCUAUCCGAGCAAAACCAAGUUCUUCACCGAGGAACAGAGGAGACUGGCGAUAUGGCGUACCACUCAGGAUGCGAACGGUGAACCUGACGAAGGUGGAGAAAAGUCACUGAUCAAGGGUGCCAAGCUCGUCUUGAAGGAUUGGAAGAUCGUCAUGCUCAUCUUCCAGCAGAUGUUCAUCUCUUGUUCACAAUCCUUCUCCUACUUCUUCCCGUCGAUCGUCAAGUCGCUCGGAUACGACUCGCAAAAGACCCUGCUGUUGACGGCCCCUCCGUACCUGUUCGCCUUUGUGGCGUCGGUCGGCGUCGCCAUAUCCUCGUCGAAAAUGGAAGAAAGGGCGCUGCACAUCGCCAUACCCAUGCUCAUCUCUACCAUCGGCAACGCCCUGGUGAUCGCACUACCCAAAUCGAACGUGGCCGGUCGAUACACCGCCAUGUUCAUGCUGACGCUCGGGUCGUACUGCGCGUUCAACCUCUCGUUCGCCUGGUUGGCGUCUACCAUCCCCCGACCUAGGAUCAAGCGAGCCGCCGCUCUCUCCCUCGUCAACGGCCUCGCCAACGCCUCUCAUUUCUUCUCUCCCUACUUUUUCCCCGAAUCCGACGCACCCAAAUAUAUCCCUGGUGGAUCGGCGCUGGCUGGGUUCUCGUUCAUGGUAGCCGUCUGCGCCAUCACCAUCAAAUACGUCUUGAAGGGUCAAAAUCGAAAGAUGGAUCGAUUGGAUAGCGAGGAUAAGCCUUACACGGGAUCGUUGGAAGGUGUGCCCAAGGGUUAUAGGUUCAUGACAUGAGGAACUCUCGAGGUGCAGGUACAAUAGGGAAAAGGUUCAGUGGCAUCAUGCGUUUAACUCUAGUAGUAUUGUAAAGCCGAAAGACCGGUCGUUGUCGAAUCACUUUUAG